CUGUGUGAUGCUGUGUGUGUCUCUGAGUGUGUGUCUGAACCUGCUCGAUGAAGCUGUGACGUUCACGGGACCAACAGGAAGUCUGUUUGGGUUUUCCAUCGACUUCCACACCAUCAACAACAGGUCCUUCGUUGUUGUCGGAGCACCUAAAGCCAAUACCAACCAAUCAGGAGUGACAGAAGGAGGGGGCGUGUUCCUCUGCCCCUGGUCACCUGGCAGUGGGGCCUGUGACAUCAUUGACUUUGACCCAACAGGUGAUGAGGUCCACAGCAGCUCGGCUCUGACCUUCCACACCUUUAAGAGCGGUCAGUGGUUUGGAGCGUCGGUUCGGUCGGUCAGCAGCUCACACUUAUUGGCGUGUGCGCCGUUCUUCCAAUGGAAUGUUCAGAGCAGAGGGAUGGAGUCAGGCAAGACACCUGUGGGGAACUGCCUCCUACUGGACCACCAGACAGGAAGCUCCACCCCCUUCUCCCCCUGCAGAGGAAUCUUGAUGGAGGACGACUACAAACGGAUGAACAACAGAAACGACCAGCGCUUCUGUGAGGUGGGCUUCAGCGCUGACAUCACCAAGGACGGUCGCCUCAUCCUUGGAGCUCCAGGAAGCUUCUUCUUCCAAGGUCAGGUGUUCACAGUGGGGGUGAGUGACAUCAUCAAAAGUGGGCGGAGUAACAGUCUAAUCCAGAAUGUGGAGGGCAUCAGCCAAUCAGAUGAGAGGGGAGGUUACGACCUGUACCGUGGUUAUUCAGUGGCCACUGGUCUUCUGACUGGAGACUCCACACCAGAUUAUCUGGUUGGCGUUCCAAACGACAGGAACACAGCAGGAACAGUAAAGAUCUAUGACGGCAGAAGCAGUGGAACUUUGAAAGUUCAUCAAACCUUCCUGGGAGCUCAGGUGGCGUCCUACUUUGGACACAGUGUUGCAGUGACUGAUGUAAACGGUGACGGCCUGGAGGACGUUCUGGUCGGAGCGCCUCUCUUUAUGGACAGAGUGAUGGAGAUGCCACAGGAGAGAGGACAGGUGGUUUUGUACCUGCAGAAAAGACAUGGCUCCUUCCCCCGACAGCCAGACCAAUCACUGAUUGGCCCUUCCCUAUAUGGGCGUUUUGGCUCCGCCCUCGCUGGGCUGGGUGACCUGGACAUGGACGGUUACCAAGACGUGGCCGUCGGGGCACCCUGGUCUGGCGUCAGUGGGCGGGGCCAGGUGUUCAUCUACCUGGGCAGCAGUAAUGGUCUAUCAGCCAAGCCCUCUCAGGUGAUUGACAGCCCGUUGCCUGGCAGCAGGACGGCGUUUGGUUUUUCCUUGAGAUCGGGAAAUGACAUUGAUGAGAAUGGAUACCCAGAUCUGCUGGUUGGAGCCUGGGCUGCAGACCGAGCUUUCCUUUACAGAUCGCAGGCGGUGAUCCGGUCCAGAGUUUCCGUCUCUCUGCUGCCCGACUUCCUGAAUCCAGACGUCAAACUGUGUCAUCGAGGAAACACACCUGUGUCCUGUUUUGUUAUCCAGAUGUGUGUUCAUGUGUCUGGUCACAGAAUUCCUCAGAACACAGCAUUGUGGGUGGAGCUACAGCUGGACAGGAUGAAGCAGCCAACAGCACGACGGACCUUGUUACUGUUGACUAAUCAGCCGCAGGAGAUGAUGAAGCUGACGGUUCAGAGGGAGGUGGGCGUGGCAUGCAUCAACCGUACUGCCUACCUGAGGUCUGAAGCUGAAGUUCGGGAUAAGUUGAGUCCGAUCUUCAUCUCCAUGAACGUCAGCCUCCUCAACACGACCCAGCAUGCUUUGCUGCAUGGCCAGACACACGCAGCCACACAAACCAGGAUCAUUCUGGAUUGUGGCGAUGACAACAUUUGUGUUCCUGACCUGAAGCUGAGUGCUGAGCCUGUGUCAGACAGUGUGUUGGUCGGUGGGGAUCAAUCGGUGCUGUUGUCGGUUUCGGCAGUAAAUAACGGAGAGGGAGCCUACGAGACUGAGCUGGUGGUUCGACUCCCUGAACACACACACUUCCAGAGCAGUCAGGGUGUAAACAGGCCGGUGUGUGGUCAGAGGAAGGACAACCAGACCAUCUUAGUGACCUGUGACCUCGGUAACCCCAUGAGACAAGGACACUCGCUGCAGACUCGUCUCCUGUUCAGCGCCGCUCACCUGGAGCAGGUGGAGAGUCACAUCACCUUCGUCCUCAUAGUCUGCAGUAAGAACUCAGUGAGCGCGUGCAGUAACCAGGUGAGCGUGAACGUCCAGGUGAGAGCCGAGGCGACGCUGGAGAUUAGAGGAGGCUCCACCCCUCCAGAAGUGGUCCUGCCCCUCCCUGACUGGAAGCCUGCAGUGCAUCCUGAGAGUCUGGAGGAAGUAGGUCCGCUGGUGGAGCAUGUCUACGAGCUCAGGAAUCAGGGUCCAAGUUCGGUCAACGUCCGGCUGACGGUGGACUUCCCUUCCACAUGGCGACAUCACUUCCUGCUCUACGUCUUUGCCAAUGCUACAGAAGAAUCGCUGAGCUGCUGGACCCUGAAUGCAUCACAGAUAGACCCGUUCAAGCUGCUCAGUAACUCCUCCAGUGUGUCUGCAGUGUCUCCAUUGGUCCAGCAGGAGGAGACAAACUCACACAGACAAACUGUCCAUGUGAACUGCAGCAGCAGUAACGUGAGCUGCAUCAGGUUUGCAUGUGAUGCCAUGGCACUGGAGCGGGACUUCAGUGCUGUCAUCAGAAUAUCAGCACGUCUGUGGACACACACACUCUCACAGACUCCGUACUUGAACUAUGAGCUUGUUUCCUCUGCCUCCUAUGAUGUCAUUAACACAUCAUCAAAAGUGCAACCACUGCUGCUGCAGAGUGGACACACACAGACUCAGCUUAAUGUGACGUGGCGUCCCCCUGAUGGACAGAAAGAAGUUCCUAUUGGCUACAUCAUCCUGUCAAUCGUCUCUGGACUCCUCCUCCUGUGCCUGCUCUGUUUCAUCUUCUGGAAGCUGGGUUUCUUCAGGCGAACUCGCCCCCCCACUACUGAUGAUGAUGAUGAUGAUGAUGAUGAUGAUAAUGAAGAGCAGCGAUUGGCUGAGGAGAGUCACAUGACCGAGUAACACGCGGCGUCACAUGAUGAGUGUUCGCAAAACGAAGAUCUGAUGUUUUUGUUCACUUUGGUAAUUGAUGAUUAAAUUCUGUACUGCAACAUA